UAACAUACAUAUAUCAUUACGGAGGAAAAUAUAUUUGAAAAUAAAUUAUAUAAUAUUCAUAUAUUCAUAUGCAUUCAUAUAACUAAAUCACCCUUAAGAUAGUAUCAUGACAGUUUUAUUAAUUCCACAUUUUAUUCUGGUCGCGUUUCGACAGGCAGUGGCAAACUUCCCAGCAUAUUUCUGCAAUAAAAUAUUUUUCACAAUAGCUCAUCCGCCAAACGAAGAUAUGCAUCUGUACUAUUUCCGAUUUUAGUUUUUUCCUGUAUAUAUCCUAAACUAUUAUGGAGAUUAUGUCUUUAUUAAAGGUUUAGGUGGGUUUCAAAAUUAAUAUUUUUUUUGUCUUAUAAAAUAAGUUUAAUCUGGCAUGUAAAUAUAUUUUAAAUAUUUAAUAAGACAAUUAUUAGGUCCACAACUUGAGAUGUCUCUAGGGUCAAGCACUGGUCGAUUAUUCUCAACUGAAAAUGUCACUUUUUGAGCCGAAUUCUCGACAUUUGCUUUUCCUUUUUCAUCCUUUCCAAAAAAGUGCGGCUGAGGCUCAUCGAAUGCUUUCGGAUAGGUACGGUGAGACUGUCCUAAGUGAAAAAAGCCUUAAAUUUACAAAAAAAACGCGGGAGCCUAGUUGUAGACCUAAUAUAAAAUUUUUACAAUUUUGAGACUCACCUAACUAACCCCUAAAUAUCUAUGAGGUUACCGAACUUUUUAAAAGCAUUUUUUAUCUCAUGUUAAGUCAAAACAGCUUUCCAUUGUUCCUUUUCGGUACCUUUUCAUUAAGAUCGUUUAAUCCUUUGGCACUCAGCCUUAAAAUUUUGAAAAUAUAUAAUUUUUGGAAUCCUUUACAAUGUUGAUAUUAUUUUAGAUCAAUGUUUCAGGGCCAAUCGGUUCGUGAGAUAUUGCAGUUUGAGUGACAACAGUUUUGAUAGUUUCGUUAAAAAACGGUGAUUAUAUUUUUUUUCGAAACAAUAUUUUUUGAUGUAUAGAAAUAGUGUUGAUAUUAAAAAUCGGUUGAAGAGUGUUGUCGAUAUGGUUAGUUAGGUAAUAAUUCGUAGGUGGUUUUUUAAAUUUCAUAUCCAUAGGAUAUGUGCCGAAGUUGGUGAACUCAGUGAAGUCUAUAAGAACGUGGACGAUUUGCUUUGAUUGAAUAUCGAGCGUAAGCUCAAAGUAAUGCACCUUGUCUCAAAUUAAUGAAAUUUAUGACAAAAUUGACUGAAUUCGACUCCGAAACUCUUUAAAAAGAUACGAACUUUACAGACUUCUGGUCUGUUAUAUUCUCCAAUCGAAUAUUAUUAUUAUUGUUUCUGAUUUUUUGCAAUACCACAUUCUAAAAACUUUUAGAAAUUGCUGGAAAUACUCUACGCUCUAGCUUGAAAUUGCAUUGCUAGAGCUGACUACAUUUAUUUGAAAAAUUAUUCUAUAUUUUAAACCCGUGCCUUUGUCGAGUACCCAUUAUCUUGAAAGUGUAUUGCCAGGUACAAAUUUGUGUCAAUUAAUUUGUGAGCCAAGCAGCUAAAAUUCAAACUAAGAAAGAGGCGGAAAACUCAAAGAAUAUCAACAAAACAUUGCAAAUAAAGUAAAUAUUUUCUAAGCAGUUAAAUUUGACCUUCAUUUGUGUUGCACAAGCUGACUUUACAAUGCUUCCAGCGAACUUGCAUUUGCACUCGCGUCGAAAUCAAAUGUUGCAAUGCACUGGUUUAAGUCACACGUCUCUGGCGCGCUACUGCAACUGCUCGCAAACGACACCAUGGAAGAGCUUACACAACAACGGCGCCGCGACGCUAUCGAUCGGAUAAUUGCGACGGUGCACGCACAACGAGCUAUAUUCUCUAUAGCCUACUUUGGAGCGAUCACCGACAUUGAACCGUAUAUAACGGCUGGUAAUACGACUCCCAAAUUCGUGAUGACCGAGGGUUGCAACGAUCCAUUGAACGGUGGUUCGGUGUCUGAUAAGUUCAGCAGCAAUAUAUUUUAUAUUGCCGUCGGCCAAUUGAUGCGCAAUCCCAUGUGGCAACGCAUGAACGACGUGCUGGCGGAUAUACAGAGUCGGGUGCGCGGUCUCUUUGUAGUGCCACGGCAUGCGACACGUCGGCAGAUGCAACUCAAUCAGGUGGCGGAGCAUUUUGAGUGGUGUUGGCGGAAUGGAUUUAUCAAUGCGAUGAUUCUGGUGGACGACGGCACGCGGGACGACACCGAGCGACCAUUCACCGUUUACGGUUACGAUCGUUUCCCGCAAUUGACGGUACGACCGAUGGCGGCGAAUGCCGUGUGGUUUAGUGAUAAAUUGAAAAAUUUCCAACGCAGCAGCAUACGCACCACUUAUCAAUACGAUCCACCGCGUGUCUUUCAAAUACAAAUAUCCUGGACGGAAAAUGACGUAAAGACAGUUGGCUACGCGGCGGAAAUGUUGCAGGCGCUCGUAAGAGCACACAACGCGACUCUAGACAUGAUACCAUUGAACAAUUCUAGCCGUUAUAACAUUAUGAGCAUCAUUGAUCAGUUGCGUCGCGGCAUGUUGGACAUUGCAAUGAAUCCGUAUUUUUUCUAUCCGGGCGUGCGUCUGAGCUAUCCCGUGCGUAUGUUGCAAUUUGGUAUUGUGGUGCCAUCUAGCGGUGAAAUUGAACGUUUCUACUAUUUUGUGCGCCCUUUUCAAACGCACACUUGGAUCUGCUUCAUACUAGGUCUCUGCUAUUUGAGUUUGAUGCGUCGCUUAACGGAUCGCAUAAGCGCCCAUUGGUAUCCACGGUUGCAUCCCAGCUUCGGUCGCGGUUGUCUCGAGAUUUGGCGUCUGCUGCUCUUUGUGCCCAUCAAUACGCCCAGCGAACGCAAGUGCUUUCGUUGGCAUGCCGCCGGCACAUUUUUACUAACCGCAUUGCUGGGCUUCAUACUGACUAAUCUCUAUCAGGCUUCGCUCACCAGUUUUCUGGCCACAUCCGUCUAUCGUUCGCAACUGAACACCUUGGAAUCAGUGCUCGCGCACAAUAUCAGCAUAAACACCAACUAUAACGAAAUGGAAUUCAUACGCAACAGCAGCAGUUUGCCGCGGGAUUUCGGCCGUCUGCUGAUUGCGCGCGAUCCCACCGAAUUGCGUGAUGAACUCUUCGCUUUGCGGCCACGCGCCUAUACCGCCUGUGUGGACGUUGUGCACUUUGCUUUGGCCCAACAGCAGCAUAUGGACAGACAGCCGCUACAUGAAUGUGAGGAGCGCAUAACUACGUUGCCGUUCGGUUUUAUGCUGCCGCCACGCUCACCUUACGAACACAUUGUGAAUCGGUUCAUUUUACGCGCGGAGGCCGCCGGGCUGACGGUCAGAUGGCUACAGAGCGCAAAUGGCGACGGAUUUCGUGCGGGCAUAAUACGUAAGCGUAUAAGAAAUCUCCCGCUGAAGCGUCCCUUGAAUUUGGAGUAUUUUCAAUUCGCCUGGGUUGUGUGGUCCAUCGGAUUGUUGUGUGCUUUGUGCGGAUUCGCAUUGGAAAAUUUGCGGCAUUGGUUGCAGCGGCAAAAGCCAAUUAUGGUGCGCCAUUGCAUGCGCGGCGCUUUGCGGAUUUUGGAGAGAGUUUAAGUGGAGGCUGAACACCUUGAAUGUUAUAUGCGUGUGAAGUUGAAGUCGUAGUUGAUUAAUAUAAAAGGUUCGCUAUAAGUUUUUCUUUAUCAUGUUUUUUGGCACCUGAGUGGUGACAGCAAUAAACAUAUUCAAAAAUGUCUGAUUUUUAAUGUUUUAGGUUAAGAACGUAGUGUAGCAGCAUACGUCGUUAGCUAAGGUAUAGUGGUUCAUUCUAAGUUAGUUGCUUAUUAUUUGGUAGGAUCUUGUUAAAUGUGUGUCAAAUCCACAAAAAGGGGAAUUCAACGAACUCCAUAUAUAGGUUAUAGCCGAGUUCACAAAAGCGCGCCACGCAUCUCUCCUUUUGGCAGUUUGGCGCCAAUUGGUUAUACCCAGUGAAGACAGGAGUCCUCCAUUGGAGUGGAGGCCUCCUUCUUCCUCGGCUUCCACCAGCGGGUACUGCAUCGAACACUUUCAGAGAUGGAGCACUUUCGUCCAUUCGAACAACAUGACCUAGCCAGCGUAGCCGCAUAUAGCUCAUCAUUCCAUUUUCUGUGGUAUUGGCCAUUGCCAAUGUUUAAGGGACCAUAAAUCUUCCGCAAAACCUUUCUCUCGAAAACUCUUAGUGCCGUCUUAUCGGCCAUACAGUAGGUCGGGAAUGAUGAGUGACUUGCAGAGUUUAGUUUUUGUUCGUGGAGAGAGGACUUUACUUUUCAAUUGCCUACUGAGUCCAUAGUAGCACCUAUUGGCAAGAGUGAUUUUGCGUUCGAUUUCAGGCCUGGCAUUCUUAUCGGUAUUGAUGCUGGUGCCUAGGUAUUCGGAAUUAUCUACAAUUUUAAAGUUAUGACUGUCAGCAGUGACGUGGGAGGCAAGACGCGACUGACUGUUUGUUUGAUGACAGGAGAUAUUUCGUCUUGUCCUCGUUCACCACCAGACCCAUUCGCUUCGCUUCCUUGUCCAGUCUGGCGAGGGGUUUGUUUCCAAUGAUAUCGAUAUCCAUAGAUAUCGGUUUGGUUUUAUAUAUUGAUACUUACUUUAUAUUAUUCUCACUCAAACUCAACUUCAAAAUAUUAGUUUACAUCUCUCUCUCUAUAACAGAAACCAAUAAUUGCCCUUAACCUUCACAUAUUUUUUAAUUCGAUAUAUAAAUCAGUACAGAUACAUUUGGGCAAGAUAUCCAAUAUUUGCUUCCACAAUUGAUAUUCAUAUAUACAGCAGUGUUCAAAAUAAUAAUAGUGAAUUACAUUAUUUGAAUUUUUUAUAAAAACUUUAUUUAAUUUUUUUCUGUGUUGAAAUUGUAAUAUGUAGAAAACCGCAACAUUUUUCAAUAUCGAUAAUAAAACUAAAAUAGCUCGAAAAUUCGUGAUUCAAAAAAUAGUAGUAUUAGGGUUAUAGGAAUCUCUUAUCAAGAAUCCUUCACUAUUAUCCAAAUUUCGUGAGAUCGGACGAUUGCGCAGAUUGACCUUAAUCCCUUUGAUACGAAACCACUCCUUAGCUAGCCGACUGGUAUUAUCAUAGGGUCAUUAUCCUGCUGAAUUACCCAUUUCAGAGGCAUUUCGUAUUGAGCAUUGUGCUAUUCAAAAUAUCAACGUAGACAUGUUGAUCAAUGACAGUGUAGAUACGAUAUAUGGGCCUACCAUAAAAAUAAAUAACGAGUCCAAACUAAUAUUUUUUACCCUCUGUAUUUUACCGUUUUGGUAGUGUAUCUAGGGUGUUAUUUAGUCUUCGGUGGACGAUGCACAUACCAUCGUGAACCUGUGCCUGCAAAAAGAACGACGUUACUUUCAUCUGUCCAUAGUAUAUUUCGUCACUUUUCCGCUAUUAUUUUGAGCACAACUAUAUGAAUUUAAGCUUUCUUAGUGUUUUAAGUAAAAAAAAAUUAUUGUAUUUAUGUAUAAAUUAGCUAUAAAAUAAAGUGAUUGCAGUCUUUCCAAACUUUUUGGAUAGACGAAAGGUUCUUUCUACAGUUAGGACGUUUCUUUCGUUUGCCGUAGUUGAUAUCUAAUAAAUUACAGAUUCUGAUAGUCUUAUCUACGCAUUUCUUUCCACGGACUUUCUUCUAUUUUGAAAAAUUAUUUUAUAUUAAAUUGCAUAGUGUUCCAGGGCAGCCGUCCUUAAGUCUGUAUUCCAAGAAAUGCAAACACGAGAUUUAUUAGCGAUGUUUGUAUACAUUAAAUCUCACUUCGUUUGAAAAAUAUUGAUCGUGUUCAAGUCUUCACCAGUGAUAUUGAAAAACAAGUUAAUAUUUCAAUGACUUGAUACCUUUACAAGAUUUUUAGAAACAGUAAUUCCACCAUUUUAUAUAAGUAAAAUAUAUAUAUUUUUUCUUCAUCAAAUUAUGUAAUACUCUAUUUAUUUAAAUCAAGCACCUCUUGCAGUAACAAUCAAAUCACAUAAGUUCCAUUUAAAGUAUAUUCAAUUUAGCGACCAUAAUUGGUGGGAUACCUAUAAUAAUUUGUUCCGAAUUGUUGUGUUUGCUGACCUUGACUUGUGCUUCGGUGUUGUAGUUGUGGUGCUUGUUGACUAAAUAAAUGCGAAACGUCAGCCAAAGUGGUGCCGCAAAUGGCCAGCAACAAAGCGAAGACGAUAAAGAACUGCAAAU